AUGCUGAAAGCUAUUAAGAAGUUGAAAAUUUGGUCUGAGAAAAAGAAGAGAACCAGAAAGACACUUCCUCAUCAACCAUCUUCUCUUCCUCCUGCAACUAGUACUCAGUGCUGUUUCUGCUCCACAGUAUGUCCCUCGGCUCCGCCUUUACCUCCAUGGCUCGAUUACGAACAAACACAUAAUACGGUUUCGGGUUCUUUGGUCUUUCAAGCUUCAAGUUUUAAUUCUCCUUCUUCUACAUCUGAACCUGACAGAUUUUCAUCCUCGCAAAUUGUUUCCGACAUUGCUCCUUUGUGUUCGCCAUUACCAGCAGUUAGUACUCAGCAAUCUUAUCAGCAAUAUAUGGUUCCUAAUGCUGCUUAUGGUGUUCCAGUUCUGGAUACUUCGCAAAGAAACGGUAGAUCAGGUGGGGUUCUUGGAUUUGUUAUUGGUUUUGGUGCUCAUUUUAUCCGCUGUUUUUGUCCUUGUUUUUGUUUUCGAGAAGCCAAAUUUUGUUUUUGUUGA